AUGAGCUUUCACGAGUGGGCAGAGGCCGCAGCAGAAGCAGGCUUUACGCCGCGAAGCCUACAUCCCCCUCGGGCCGCGCUGGCCAUCACGAGGGAACAGAGACCGCUGCCUAGUGAAGCGUCGUGCCGCGACAGUGUAAUAGAAAUUGGGGUUCAAUUUUGGGAACAACUGGAGCUCUUGAUUUUUUCAGUCGAGAAGCUGAAUUCUUUGGAAGAGCGAGCUGAUUUCGCCAUUUUGGAAACAGGGCAUAACAAAAAGAGAAUGUAUGGGAAAACAGUAGUCCGUUGCAGUCAUAAGGUUUGACUUUUGAGACAUUAUGACACUCGACGAUUUUUUCACCUUAACCGAGAUGAAUAAUGGACUCUCAGCCCCAUCUCGGGUUACGGAACUCAUGGCCAUGAUGCAAAAAGAGAGAGAUUGUGAUGUGAAAACUGCAGCUGACUCAGCAAGGCAGAGGUCUGCAGUAGCAAGUGUUUUAUCGUCAACCGAAAAUAAAGAAUGUCUCGAUCUUUUUCUUCAGUUAGAUGGCCUUCACUACAUUUCUAACUGGUUAAAAGAUGCCCAGAGAUCAAGUAAAGACACAAACGACAUCUUUUUGGAAGAACACAUCACUCAUUUGUUGCUAGCACUCGAAAAACUGAACGUAGACUCUGAAAAAAUAAUCGCUUCCGAAAUUCGGACAGUAGUCGAGGAUUUCCUCGAUUACAAUAGUCGCCAAGUUAAGGAUAAAGCUGAAGCUUUGCUCGAAAGCUGGAAAACAAAAGUAAACAGUGAUGAUGCAUGUCCUUUAGUUGUUGAUAAAGCCAGAAGUUUAACAGAUGACGAGGCAAAAGCUAUUAUCGGGCAUUCAGAAGCUUCUUUAAAUAAUAUCGAACACGAAAUAACCAGAGAUGAUAAGGUGUUGUUAUCUACCUGUUCAGAUGUUGUCCUCAGCCAUGACCAAAUUGAAAAAACCACUGACGAGCCGAACAAAAUCUCAGACGAGAAGCCUCUCGACCAUCAUGUUAGUUUGCCGUCUUCGCCCAGGGAUUUAGCAAACCAAUCUGAGGACAUAACUGAACCGAGUCCUCAGAAAAACUCGAGCGAGAGCUUAUCACGUGUCGAUUCUGAUGGAAAGGAUGAAGGGGUUGUUUGUGCAAUUGAUGAUGCAAAUCAGUACAGAGGUUCGAGCAAUUUCAUAUCUAAAGAAGGUGGUGACAUCAUCAACAAUUGCAGUUUGCCAGAAUCCUCCACGACAAUAAGCUGGGGAAAUUUCCUUUCAGGGAUUAGUAAUUUCGUGAAAACGAAUGAUUCAGCCGAUAACCGCAGUCCCACCAAGAAGCAGACGGAUAGGGAAGAAUUUGACCGGGCCACCAAAAGGCCCGAUGUCGAAAUCGACUACGGUAUUGUGGAUCCUCUAGAAGUCGCUCGGCAGGUAGCAAUGGAGGUAGAGAGAGAGAUCGUGGAUUACAGAGAACAUAGCUUUAGUUCCACCGAGAAAUUACCAGGAAGAAGAAGCAACGAAAAUUCACUUCGGGCCGAAAGCCCGGACUCAGUGAGUGGUAAAAGUAAAAACUCCGAAUCGCCCAUAAACAAGGCUGAAGAAAAGUCCGGUUCGUCUAACGAGUCCUCAACCAGCUCCGAAAACCCUGACACAGCUGGCACUCAUGACGUGGCAACUUCUCUAGAAGAAAAAGGUGCUCGUAAUUUUUUCGACCUGAAUCAAGAAGUAGUGAUGUUGGAGGACUGUGAUGAUGAUAAUAAUGCUGAUGCUCGUCUCGAAAAUCAAUUCUCAUCUGCAGUCUCUGUAGUUUCUGCUUCAAGAGCAACCCCAUCGGCAUCUAAGCCGCCAGGUGGCCCAUUAGAGUUUGAAGGGAAUCUCGGAUGGAAAGGUUCGGCCCGAACAAGCGCCUUCAGGCCCGCUUCCCCUCGCCGGGCCCCACUCGAUGGGGAGCGAAAAGGAAUUGGGCUCGAUUUCGAUCUGAAUGUGAGCGAGAGCAUCGACGAAUCUUCUGCGGAGGGAAAUUCCAAAAUAACCGGGCUUCUCGAGCUGGACCUGAACCGAACUAGCGAAGAUAGCAGCGGUGGGCCCAUUUUGGAUUGGCGGAUAGGCCCGUUUUACCCGCAGCAGCAGUCAUCGCCAGCUCAGCAGCAUCCCACAACAAGAAGUAUCGAUCUUAAUGUGUCAUCUCAAAAUCAAAAUUUCUGUGACCCUGCAAUAUCCAUAAUGGGUAAGAAGGUGGAAGUCGAGCAGAGGGAUUUUUUCGCUACACAAACUCCUCUGCCUUCUCAUCAAAACGGACGAAUUUCAGGGCCCGCGUUCGAUUAUAAUAACAUGGGAAGGAUGGGAAAUUUUAUCGGGAUCGGGCCUGCUGGCCCGUAUGCCCAUUCUGCGGUUUACGGCUACAGUAAUGUCCCGCCCGGGCCCACUUUACCGUUUUCGGGCCCUGUUUACGGGCCCGGGCCUCACUCCAUUCCUUACAUGAUGGGCUCGGCUUCUGGUUUGCCUGCUGCUGCUGCUGCUUUCUCUCAAACACCGUUUCUAGUGAACAUGAACAACGGGAUGGAGCCAUCGAGGAGCAAUAAUUAUGAUCUUAAUUCUGGGAUGUUUUCAGAGAGUGGAAGUAGAGAUCCUUCUGGGCUUGGGCUGUUCUUGAAUUCGACCAAUGUCAGGCCCGUUGAAGGGCCCACUCCUCCUCAAGGCCCAAUGGGCUCGUCCUUUGGUGCUAAGAGAAAAGAACCUGAAAACGGGUAUAAUAACGAUCAGUAUUAUCCGUAUAAGCAUUUUAUGCCGCAUUGGAAACAGAGUUGAUUUCGAGUAAGCCUUCUUCUUGGGAUUGGAUUGUUAGAGUCGGAUUUGGAGCUCGUCUAGUGAUCUUAUAGUGACUGAUAAAGAGAAAAGAAGAAAGAGACCCCAUUUGACAUAAGUAGGGAGGAGGAUUCUAUAGAAACUCAAUAAUCAAGGGAAAUUCGAGGUGCUCGUUUGAUUCCAGUGAGAGGGUUACUUAGAGGAGUACAGAAGAGAUAGGUAUAAUUGUUUCAACUGUUUGAAUAUUUUGAAGAUUUUUAAGAGUGAUAGGACUUCCCAUAAUGUUAGUACUGAUCUUUUACAUUAUUCGGUGAAAACUGAAGAGGCUCUUUAUAAGUAUAGUAGUUAUUAUUGUCAUAAUUAUGAAAACAGAUUGUGGCCGAGCUGUAAAUAAUUGCAUUUUGGUAAUGGAUUUGCUUUCUUGUUUGCACCUUUUUAAUGUUUUCAUUCAUUGUCGUAUGUAUUUAUUUGUUCAUGCACAAAUUGUGAUUUGCUCCUGCGGUUAUUA